GGCCGAAGCACUCAGGCCUGAUAAUAAGAGGGGAGGCGUGGCUAUUGGGGAUACUCCUAUGACUCAAAACAGAGUUAGACCUCGGCUGACUCUUUUGGAGACUCCUGGCGCUGUGAGGAGGGUUGAUGAAAGGCUGAAAGGAAUUGUUGAGAGACACCAGAGGGAGGUUGAUCUUCUUAAAGAAAUGAGACUCAAGGAGGUAAAUGCUCGCAAGGAGAGUGAACUCGAGGUUGAACGGUUAAAAGAAGAGAUGGCUCGUCUUGAGAUGGAAAAUCGAGCCAAUACGCGGAGUAAUUUGAAAGCGAAACUGGAUGAAGCUGCGGGACCGUCUUCAAGGAAAGAGAAAUCGCGUGGUGAUGAGGUUCGUUCAAACAUGAAGGGUAAGUGCAAGGUCGUUGCCAGUCCUGUCGCAAUCAAUGACAAGGAUGCCUUCCUACGAGCAGCAAGAAGGGAGCUACGAGGCUUAAAGAAGGAAAAGGUGGUUAACAUUUGUAAGAAGGAGGGGAUUGAGUACACCACUUUGGACCCUACCAAGGAGGUGAUUGCACAGAAACGUACAGGUAAGGCAUUCGAGGGAGAUGAUGACGAACCAGGUAAGGGUGACGGCACCUCGAUGUUGGUGGUGACCGAUGACGGGGAAGGAAGCUCUGAGGGUGACGGGCGUGAUUCAACCGCUUCUUAGGAUCACGCCCGAACGUGGCUUUCUUGUGGGAAGUCGUGCGCCUAUGUUCUAGUAUUC